AAUAAUAAAUGGUGAAAUCAUCAAUUUCUGAAAUGAAGCGAUACCGGAAUGGUGAAAUCUGGGAUUUCGAGCACGAGGUGGCGGUGGCCGCCAACCGCCCUGUUAUUUUAGGACUGGACGGUGGAACCACUUCCACUGUCUGCAUUUGUAUGCCAAUUAUGCCUUUCUCCGAAGCCCUUCCCGACCCUCUUCCCGUUCUCGCUCGUGCCGUUGCCGGCUGCUCCAAUCAUAACAGCGUUGGCGAAACUGCUGCCCGGGAAACAUUAGAGCAAGUUAUGGCUGAUGCUCUUUCAAAAUCUGGUUCUAAUAGAUCUGCUGUUCGAGCUGUUUGUUUAGCGGUAUCUGGUGUUAACCAUCCUACAGACCAGCAAAGAAUAUUAACCUGGCUUAGAGACAUAUUCCCCAGCCAAGUAAAGCUCUAUGUACGAAAUGAUGCUGUGGCAGCUUUGGCUUGUGGGACAAUGGGUAAGCUCCAUGGUUGUGUAUUAAUUGCUGGUACUGGAACCAUUGCCUAUGGGUUCACAGAAGAUGGCAGAGAAGCUAGAGCGGCUGGUGCGGGACCUGUCCUAGGUGAUUGGGGAAGUGGAUAUGGAAUAGCUGCGCAGGCGCUAACUGCUGUAAUUAGAGCUCAUGAUGGUCGUGGUCCACAUACGAUGCUCACAUCUACCAUUUUGCAGACACUUGGUCUUUCUUCUGCAGAUGAACUAAUUGGGUGGACCUAUGCUGAUCCAUCCUGGGCUCGCAUUGCUGCACUUGUUCCAGUUGUUGUCUCUUGUGCAGAGGCUGGUGAUGAAGUUGCAAAUAAGAUGUUGAAAGAGGCAGUUCAAGAGUUGGCUUUAAGUGUGAAAGCUGUUGUUCAGAGACUUGGACUGUGUGGUGCAGAUGGAAAAAAUUACUUUCCUCUUGUUAUGGUUGGUGGGGUUCUCGAAGCAAACCAGAGGUGGGACAUAGGAAAAGAAGUCGUGAACUUUAUCUCCAAAGACUACCCCGGGGCCCUUCCUAUUAGGCCUAAGGUGGAGCCUGCAGUGGGUGCAGCGUUGCUAGCGUUGAAUGAGUUCAUGAAAGAAUGUGUUAAGGAAGCAUACAGAAGAUGAUCAUUCAGAAUUCAAUUGUACAGCAACAUGGAUAAACUCGAAGGGAAACACGUAUCGCAAAAUGAAAAACUAUUGGUGAGUGGUCAAAUUUCUUGUUUGGGUAUAGUACCAAGCAUUGUAGGAAUCCACUGGCAUACGGUGGAUUUGGUUGUUGACUUAAGAAUUCUGAUAGCGACUCUGCUGCCAAAGGUGUACAAGUAUAUGAAUAGAUCAUUAUUAUAAUCCAUGCACUGUAAUGGCUAAGAUGAAGCCAAUGAUUUGUUUUCAUGGGAAUUGGAAUGUGCUAUUUGUGUCUGGUAUAAAACUACCCUUAUCUCA